AGGACAACCGUUUUUGAUCUUUCGACAUCCAAGAUGGCGGAAGAAAUGCGAGCGAAAGUGGCACAACUUUUGAAAGGAAUAGACAGGUACAACCCUGAAAAUCUUACAACUCUUGAAAGCUAUGUUCAUCUGCAGGUUUAUAAUAAUGCAUAUGAUGUGGAUGCAAAUCUAGCAGUAUUAAAAUUGUAUCAAUUUAACCCUGCCUAUCACCAAACUACAGUCACCAUGCAGAUCCUGCUGAAAGCUCUCAUGACAUUACCAAAUGCCGACUUCAUCAUGUGCAGAUGUUUAAUUGAUGAUGCCAAUCAACAAGAUCCAGCUAUAGCACGUGUCAUUAGACUCGCAGAGCUACUGGAAACAUGUAAUUUUUUGGAGGCCUGGAAAUACUUAGAGGAAGAGAGUUCACUUGUGGAUGGCAUUGUAGGAUUUCAUGAUGCAAUAAGAAAAUAUGCCAGUUAUGUCAUAGGAAUAACAUAUCAAACAAUAGAUAAAAACCUUAUAUCAGAACUUCUUGGAGGGUUGCAAGGUGAAGAACUUGAUGACUGGAUAAAAGCUCAAAACUGGACAAUCAAGGACGACGGAAAAGUAUUCGUUUGCAACCAGGAAGCUCAUAUCAAGUCCAAGAAUAUUGCAGAGAAAAUUGACUUUGAGAGUGUUGCUGGGAUAAUUGCCGCGGCCAAGUAGAAGUUUCGCGCUGAUAACUUAUUUCCACGUCUGAUGUUACUUCUGGUUUCUGUAUUUACCGAGUCUGCUGAGAAAAUAAAACCAGUUUACCAAU